AGCUGCACCGUGGCGUCCCCCGAGUCGACCUCCCCGCCCUCGCACCCGCCCCCGCCGAUCAGCAUCCCGCCGUUGCCGCUGCACCUGCGGCGGAAACUGCACCGCGAUGUGAACGUCAAGGUGGCGCCGCCGGCCGCCUCCACGCCCACCGUCGACGAGAACUGGGCCUUCAUGGACAUCCUGCCCCCGGCCCCCGUCCUGCCGCCCCCGCCGCCGCCCCACGUCGCCCGCCAACACCAGCAGCAGAUCCAGCAGGCCAUCGAUUGCUUGAGCCGGCGGCCGCCGCCGGUGCCGCCGCGGGUGCCGCCGCCGCCGCCGCUGCGGACGCAGGACUCGACGGUGUCGAGUUGCGACAGCUACAGCCAGAACUCGUCGCCCAGUUACAAAAGCAUGGAGGCGCCGCUGCUGCCGCCGACGCCCGUCGCCCGCAAGCCGCCCAAACAGGUCGACGCCGGCAAGGACGUCGUCGGCACCGUCGCCCUCCUCGGCGCCGCCAAGGUCGCCGGCCUCGCCGCCGACAUCAACGGCGCCGCCACGCCAGCCAGUCUGCAGGCCGUCGUCAAAAUCACCGGCUCCAACCUCUCUCUCCACCACAGGAUCUUGCGGGACAUGCGUCGUCCGUCGGCCAAGCGCUGCCUCUCCACCAAGGACAACGUGCGUUUCCGGAUAAUCCAGCUGGUGGUGAACGUGGUGGUGCUGAUCGCCAUCGGCAUCGCCCUGGCCGUCUACCUGCGCAGCCAGCAGAAAGAAUUGGCGCCGCAGAUCCGGUACAUCAACCGCACGGUGACCACCACGAUCGCCAUCAUGCCCAAGGACGACAACCCGAACCCUGGCCAGUGCCUGCCCGUCAUCGCCCCCCUCUGCCUCAAACACAGGGUGCCCUACAACUACACCAGCUUCCCCAACUACUUCGGACAGGUCUCGCAACGCGACGCAACCUCGGAACUGGAAGUUUACGACGCCCUGGUGGACGUGCGGUGCUACGAGUUGGCGGCCCUUUUUCUGUGCACCCUGUUCGUGCCCAAGUGCAGGUCGGACGGAAACACCGUUCCCCCCUGCAAGAACCUGUGCGAAGAAACUUGGAAGAGAUGCAAAUUCUUCGUGGACGUGUUCGCGCUCAAGUUCCCCGACGAACUCAGCAAAUGCAAAAUGCUGCCCAACUCGAACGACCCCGAGGUGUGCGUCGGCAAGAAGGAGGUCAUGGACGUCGUUUCCAGGGCAAAAAAACCAGAAUGCAAGGACGGAUUUCAGUGCGACCGGACGCGUUGCAUUCCGAGUGAUUGGCGGUGCGACGGACACAUCGACUGCGAGGACCAGACCGACGAGCUCAAGUGCAAAGGGUGUCCUGAAGGUACAAAGAAAGGAUCAAAUGUAAAUUUGAAAAUCAACGUUUUGUCCUCAGGAAUGAUCCACUGCGGCAGGAGAAAGUGCAUCAAGAACAGCCACAUGUGCGACGGAAUUUCAGACUGCCCCUACGGCCAGGACGAGCGCAAUUGCUUGCGGCUGAGCAAGCGGAUGGGUGACGAGGCGCACGGGAUGCUGGAGGUUUACCACCCUCAGCGUGCGGCGUGGCAACAGGCGUGCGUGACGCGGUGGGACCAGGCCAUCAGCCCCACGCAGGUGUGCCGCCUCCUCGGCUACAGCGAGUCGAACCACAGCCGGCCGCUGAUGGUGCUGGAGCAGGCCAAGGCGCCCAAGCUGGCGUUCAACAAGGCGGUGCCGCCGCUGCCCGUGAUCGGCCUCGGCUGGACCAGCCACGAAGAGCCGCGCACCGCCGGCAGUUUGCUGCUGCAGAGCCAGCUGCUGCAGGACGUCCGGUCCUGCCCCGGACACAACUUUCCCACCGUCGAGCUCUCCUGCAAGGACUACGCGUGCGGUCGGCGUCGGUUGGCUGAGCGGCCGAGCAACAGCAGGAACUCGAAGCGCAUCGUCGGCGGCACCGAGUCGGCGCCGGGCGACUGGCCCUUCCUCGCCGCCCUCCUCGGCGGACCCGAACACGUUUUCUACUGCGCCGGCGUCCUCAUCUCGGACCAGUGGGUCCUCUCGGCCUCGCACUGCGUCGGAAAUCAAUCGGACCCUUCGGGAUGGACGAUCCAGCUGGGCGUGACCCGGCGGCAAUCGCACUCGGUGUUCAGUCAGAGGGUCCAAGUGCGCCGCGUGGUUCCGCACCCGUUCCACAACAAGGGCACCACCCAUGACAACGACGUCGCCCUCUUCCAGCUGCAAAAGCGCGUGACCUUCCACGAACACCUGCUGCCCGUUUGUCUGCCGCCCGAAAACCACAAACUGGAGCCGGACACGCGGUGCACGGUCAUCGGCUGGGGCAAGCGCGAGGACAACGACGUGGAUUACGAGCCGGUGAUCAACGAGGUGUCGGUGCCCAUCGUCGAGAGGCGCGUCUGCAACACCUGGCUCGAGGAAAACAACGUCAACGUCACCGAGACCAUGAUUUGCGCCGGCUUCGAACAGGGAGGCAGAGACGCUUGCCAGGGCGACUCUGGCGGUCCGCUGCUGUGCCGCGACCUGAAGCGCGAGGGCGCGUGGUUCGUGGGCGGCAUCGUGAGCUGGGGCAUCAAGUGCGCGCACCCCCGCUUGCCAGGGGUGUACGCGUACGUGCCCCACUUUGUGCCGUGGAUCAAGAGGGAGAUGCAGCGCUACUCGGACUGACAGCAGCGAGGUCGCGACCGGGGCCGCCCCUAGACCCUGAUUUUCGCCGCCCCUGCCGCUGGUCGGCGGGCGCGUCACCCCCACCCCCUCACAUCGCACAAAUCUCGCGCAAGGUCGUUCUUCCUUCGUUUCACUACGCAAUUAUUCCUUUUUGCAAGGGCAGAUUUUGAGAGACAACGCGCAGGGCCGCUCUCUCCAAAAAAAAAAUCAACCAACCGUCUCGUUUUUGCUUCAGGCCUAAGAAAAACAAACACUAAACAAACAAUGGCACUACGCGAGAGUUUUCGUACUUGAGAGAACAAAACAAAAAAAAAAUCCAAGAACAGAGAUGGUAUUUUUAAGAGAAAAACUUUUUCACCGUGAAAUUAUGGAUGGGGUCUCUGCUCUUUCAUUGAAUACAAGAGUGACAGAGUUUUAAAGGGCGUCUCCAGUUUGGAUUUUUAUUUUUGAAUUUGAAAGAAUGCACAAUCCCACGACUAAAUUGAAAUUGCAAUCAACAAAUGCUCAUUUAUAAGGGUUAAGAAACGGAUGUUCAUACUUUCCCGCCAAAAGCAUUAGAAUCUUAAGGGAAAAGUCUCAAUUUCUAGGACUUGUUUAUUGGGUUGAAUUGGAAUUUUUUUGCCUUUUUCCAAAUAAAUCGUGAAAUUUUGUGUUGGUUCUUUUGAAAUCAGAAAUAAAACGACAUUAUUGGGGAGGAGAGGGUUUUAAUCAAUUUGUACGAGACCCGACGAGAGAUCGAAUUUUUACACUGAGAGAGAAAGAUGAGUAUUUUUUCCAGAGACAGGUAUAAUUUUGAACGGUUGGUGGUCACACGGAGACAAUACGCAGACUAGUUAAAUGUAGUAGAUUAGGAACGGGGGGCGACGGCCAAAAUCAACAAGAAAUUCGCAGCUAGCGCAGUACAAAAUCGCAAUAAACUCCAAAUCGAAAUUUGUCCAAUAUUGAAAGAAGAUUUUGGCCGCGCUCGUUGCGGAGACGUCGAUGUAAAAUUGUGUACUACAUAAGCCUUAUUGUGCUCAAUAACCGCAGUUCAUCCCACACAUGUCGAGAGAUCAACUAUAACUAUAGUUGUGUACUAAUUAUAUAUAUUCAAUGAAUGUUUCAAAGUCGAGAUUUACGCACAAACACGUGUCAUAUAUUAUUAUAUUUAUCGCGCUAAUGUACUCGUAUUUUUAAGCAAGUGAGAGGGCAAAAGUUAAAGCGGAUUAUUUAAAAAGAGGGGGAAAAAAGUGUGCUUUGGUUGAUCGCUUUAAUCGUGUGUAUUUCUCACCAAGCAAAAUCGAAGCAGUUUUACCAUGAAUUGGCGCGCGUUCCGUCGAAAUUUUAAAUCAGAUACGUGUGUGCAUGGGUAUAUUUCUAAUGAGCGUCAACGCAUAUUUUUGUAAUCUGUGUGCCAGUGACAACUUUUACGUCUCUCUCACUUUUGAUUUUGGGUCAAUCACAUGAUACACGAAUGUCGAGACAGGACAAUAUAUAAUAUUAUAUUUUAGUCGAGACGCGGAAUUGUCGAGAAAAGUACGAUAAUAAUUAUUAAUAUAGUAAGGCGCGCAUCAAUAUCGCUGUGAAAUGUCGUAGUAUUGGCUGUAAAAUCAAUCAAUUAACUCUCUCGAUAGGGUGUGUAUAAUUAAACUAUAUCCAACUCGUGCUUAAUUCUCCCUCGGUAGGCGAGACCCGGCGCCAGCGGACCGCACCAAAUUCAUAUCAAAAGCAGUCUAAAUUCACAUAUCAUUUGUAACUUUGGCCGUGUCAAUUCACUCAUUGAUUAAAGAAGAUGGAACCUCCUACAAAUUAAUUUUCAAAAGCUUCAAAUUUAAGUAGAAUGCACACAAAAUCCUAUUCAAUUCUACUCAAAUAUGGUAAUCAAAAUCGAGUUAAAUUAUCAUUUUCCAUUAAUGAAAUCAUUGGAAUAGACCAAAUUUUCAGUCAUUGUGACGCUAUUUUGAAAGCAAAUAUUAUUUUCAAAACACCUUGUUCAAAGAUUUUGAUGAUUUGAACUUUUUUUACAAAAUGACAAGGGCAUAUUUUGGCUAUCUCUGAUUUUUCUUCAGGUUGCCUAUUUUCAAGGGGCUCAAACUUUCUAUUUUGACCUUUCACCAGGGUCAGUGACCUUUGACUUAGGAACUUGGUGACUGUUAAGAAAAGAUAGCUUGGCUCAAUACCUCCAACCUCCCACCGAAAAAAUUAAAUAUUUAACCCAAAUUAAUUUUGCGGCAGUUUUAGUAAACCCUAAUUUAUCUCUGUCGGCCAUAUUUGAAUUUGAGAAAUACAAUUUGUUUCAAUCAUCGUGAAAUAUCUUUCCACAAAUCAAUUAUAAUUACAAGUGUUCAUAAAUUAACUUCAUUUUCUAAAACAACGUGUUAAAAAUAACCUUUUUUUAAUGUACAAUGUAACUUUUCUAAAAAUUCUACGUGUUGACCCCUAAUUUUGAGGUCAUCAAAAUGAUCCAUAUAUGUGUUUUGUGGAGGAUUUGAGGUGGUUCCAUCCUCUUUGAAUAUGAUUUUGGUGGGAAAAAAGUGCGGUGCGAUCUUGGCCGCGGGUCGAGCGCGAUUUAGGGUGCAAUUAUUGGGAGUUGCGAGCUGCUCAUUGACAGACACACGUGUUUUAGGCCUCUACAAAAGAAAAGUAUAAAUCUGAAUGUGGUCCACUAGCUGUUAACUUUAUGAAUCUCGCUCGCGUACCAUAUACUCAAUUACUUAAGCAACCUGCACGUAGGUUCAACUGAGACGCUUCCAUAUAUAUUUCUGACCAGACACACAGACACGAGUCUUUUUCUCUAGCUCAGCACAAUCCACUCUACAAUUAUAAGUGUGUACAUAUUUAUAAAUGUAUGGUGUGUACACAUCACACCUGCAGUAGGUAUAUCUAUGAUAUAUAAUUAGCAAAUUAACCGGUUUUUAGACAGCGCAGAGUGGCUCGCUCCGAUCUGAAAACUUAGAAAACUAUAUAAAUAAAUGCUCAACGUCCGCGGAUGGCCUCUAGAGAUAAAAAUCCAAACCUCCCCUCUCUUGUUUGAGCCACCCUGGACCUUCUCCUCCAUUCAUCAUUGCAGAGAACAUUUUAUCCGCGCGCAUUUGUAGCUCGUAAGAUUUUGUACCGAACGUUUUUCAAGAAAAACCCCAAAAUUUUUAGGGCUUCUAUAACUAUUCAUACGUGUGCGUGUGUGUUUGGAAUUCAAAUUAUUUCGUUUAAUUGUGACCAUUUACAGACCUACCUUGGGACGGCGUUGACAAAUUGGAUACCUGACACACGUAACUUGUAAUCAAUUCUUGUUGCUAAAUGAGUAAAGGCGUUGACACAUUUCAAAUUUUACACAGACAAAAAUUUAUCAGGCUGCGUCCAGGAAACGUUUGGGAUUGAUUUUGAACGAAAAUUUUGAAAUAAAUUAAACCAUUCUCGGUUUAAAAUAAUCCCCAUAAGUAUGGAUUGACAUUCAGAUUUCAAAAUUCAAAAAUCUUGAAAAUUUGCCGGAUUUUGAGCUUUUUUGAAAAAAAUUUCAAAAUGAGCAAAGCUUGCUUGGAAAUUAAAAUAUAAAGAAAGCAUUUUUACGUAAGAAAAACGGCAAAUUUUUACCACUUUCAAAGCUUCAAAUGAGGAUAUCUCAAACUCAACGUCACAAAUUUUUAGUAUGUUAUUGAAUUUCUUACUGUUUAUGACUUGGGCUUCCUUUUUUUUAUUUAGCACUUUCAUAUCCAUGGGAUGGGCAGCCUCUAUGACAAUUUUGAGGUCAUUGAGGUGUGACCUUGAACAUCUAUCUAUGACGUCAAGGUCAAUGGGAAAGUUGUUUGCAGCGAAAAGUUAUGAAACUACGUGAAAAUGCUUUUUUUUCUUAUUUCAUAUCUAAGCAGGAAAUUUUAUCAAAAAAAGUCCUGAAUCCAGCGCAUGUUCAAAAUUUUUACAUGAAAUUUUGGCCCUUAAACAUUUCAACCAUAAUGACGGUUUGAUUCCAAAAGUUUAAAUUAAAAUCAUCUCAAAUGUCUCGUGGACGCAGCCAUGCAAUUAUAUAUGAGCCGCCCUAUAGAUGGUUUUUAAAUAAGAGUUUGUGACUGAAUUUGUAUUCAAAGCGCGUUGUUUUUAUAGCAAUUUUCCUCUUUAUCAUUAAAAAGAAUAUUACAAUCUCGGCACGGAGGAGGAAUAAAAGCGAGCUAAAUGUCAAUUGCAGUAAGUGUAGAAACCUUACAAAAACUGUAGUCAAUAUAUCGAACGAUGAGUAAAAGUGGAAACUAUUUACUUUGCGUUAGGAAAGUCAAUUCAUUGCCCCUUUUCGCUUGAUAGGUUUUUCUCCUCACAGACGCUGUGUAAAAAUUAUUCACUUGUGAAAAAAAAACUUGGAACUAUAUUUUAGCGCUCACAUCCCGCACUAAGCAAGAUUUAAGCAUAGCAGCCCUACGCACGAGAUGACAUAUCUAUUUUGCUGGACACUGUGUUACAUAACUAAAAAGUGAUUGUUGUUGAUGGGUAGGCGCGCGGCGACGGCGACGGCGACUCGCGCAGCCAUUGCCGCAUAUAAUAACAUUAUUAUGUUGGUUGCUUUUCUAUGUUUAGACGAACUCUGCAGACAAUAAAAAUACACUAAGUGAAAAACAAAGUCGAGCCAUAACAUUCAGUGGAAUAAAAACAAAACCAAAACAAAACACGUUCGUUUCAUUUCGAUGCAACCCGCAGCACUUCGAAGACCGGCGGGAUGCAUAACUAAC